AUGAAAAAUCUUCACCGCGAACAAGAUGAUGAAAGCAAGCUAGUACGAGUACCGUGCCCAACCACCGCGCCGCCACUCGUUCCGUCCGACGCCCCGAGCAGCCUGGAACUUUUUCCGUCUCAGGGUCGGACCUUCGUCGUCCCUCGUAAGCCACUGCAAGUAGAGCUCGGUUGUUCCACUUUCCCGCCGGGGCACAAGCUCCUCUUCGAGGCACUGACUCUGGAGCCGGGGUUGCAUGCGCCGAGGGUGUGCGCAAGGCUGUCGAAUUAUUAUUCUGGAGACACGAGGACAGCACUAGCUCCUUUGGCAGCACAAGAAGCACAACAUAAAAAUUUCGAGCCCCCUGCAGCUGUGUCGAGCCAAGUAGUCGGAGAUGAUGACACGGGACGAGAUGAGCCGGAGCAACUCGUUCUUGCGAGUUCUACUUCUAAAGCUGACACCAAAAAAUCAUGUAGUGAGAAUACCGACCGCGUUUUUCUCAAUGCCGACAAUUUACACUCCGCGCAGUCGCCGUUUCACAUCUCCAGCCUGCCGCGAUGUUUCAUCACGCCCGAAGAUCUGACAAAGUGGAACAAAUUUUUCGCGCAAACCGACAACGCCGAAGGAGGUGGUUGCAGGGGGAUGAAAGCGGGAAAAACAAGCGCAAGUAGUCUUGGAAGUUGUGAUGCGGGAGCUGUACUAGACCAAGUACAAGUUCAAAGUGCUAUCUUUGACGACCCCGCACUGCAGAUCGCGAACCCACAGCCCGUCUGGUCGGGGAAAACGAAACUGCGGGAAGUAGAACCGGCAGAGGUGGGAAAUAAACACCACGACAGUGGCACAAUUGUUCCUCAACAGCAGCCACACGCCCAACGAGAACGACGCGUAACUACCCGAAACCCGGACCACACCGCGAGACGCAUCUUCAAAUCGAUCGGAUCGUUCGAAGCCAGCACGAAGAUGCACGUGGAGAGCGCCGUGUUUUACUCCAUGGUGUGGCACCUGUUCUGGUUCCGGUGCAGGCGGGAGGCUGGAGAUCUCAAAACUGGCGGAAAAAGUAUCAGAAAGAACAAUUUUCUCCAACAGGGAAAACACAAACAAUCACACAAUAAACCGACUUGGACCAAAGUGGAGAAAGGCAAAGCUCGUGGUGGUGGUGCCCCCGGUGUCUGCCUCUUCUUCGACGAGGUCAACGACGGUGUAACGCUGAGCUUCCAGCGGGAUCUGUCCCACCCGGAGGGGGUUGCGCUCCCGGGAUCGAAUCCCAUGAAUCCGAAUAACGAGCCGGAGAUCGUUGGGCGGGCAAAAGUGGUGGAUUUGAUCAACUUUCACUACUACAGAAACGCCAAAACGAGCCCACUAGUUGGUGGGAGCAAGGGCGUGGAAAGUAAACGUGUUGUAGUGCCGCCUGCUCCCGGACUCAUGCAGACGGACGACAGUGAGGACGCGAAAUUUGUCGAGCAUUUCUACAGUAAGUUGCUCACCGACGUUGUGGGCGAAUAUUUGACAGAAAUAAAGGAAGAUGACCGUGCUGAAACUCAACAGAGCAAACUCGCGCCUACUCUCCCCUCCUGGGCAGAGACGCUUUACCCAAGUUGGGCACUGAAUAUGGUCUACGAGGAGAGACGACCAGUUUCUAGCACCUCUUGCCCCGGGCGCUCCGGCAAUAAUAUUAAAGGGACCACGACGUCGUUUGGCUUUCGUGAGAACGGCAUCCCCUUAUCCAGCAAAAAACAACCAUCCCCAUCCAUUUUAUGCAUGACAAACACAGGAACUCAUGCAUGUUUUGCAUGAUAAAUUGGAUGGGGAUGGUUGUUUUUUUGUGGAUACCCCUACAUCACUUUCCAAGCUGACGUGAAAGAGUUAUACCGUAAGGACGCCAGUCUGCUCCUCCGCAAGGAAGGCCGGAUGGCAGCCAACGCACACUUCAGGCAAGCGAGAAAGGAGGAAAAAGAGGCACGAUGUUAUCAAACGGAAAAUUCCCCCCUCCCCAUAUCAAAACGAAAUUUGUGAUGCUGGAUUUGAGUGCACAAAACAGGUUUGUCUUGUAGUAGAGCGCUUCAGGAAUAUACGAAGCCCGAGCAGAGGGGUUUUGACAUAGGCGCCCAGCAUGGCAAACGUCUACGCUCCUGCAGGACCAUACGCAUCACAAACCGCCUGCAUAAUGCGGCGGAGUCCGCGCAGUUGCAUUCGUGCAAGACAGAGACGAUUUGUGGUCACAAAUCAGCACUAGAGGCGUGUCUUUUCGGUAUGGGGAGGGGACAUUUUCCCUCACGAUAGAUGUACCGCGGCGAUAAUGAUCAACCUGAGACGCGGCCAACAUCGUGGGGUCUCUUCGACUCCUUCUUGGGGAGAAACGCAUAUGUACCCUCCAAAGUGGGAUGAAGAUGCUGAUGAAGAAGCGGAGAUUACAAACAACUCAACCACCUCCAUGGGGGAACAACAAGUGUCGAGUAGUUAUGGCACCAACUACUGCAGGACACCCGCAUGGGCCGCGCCGGAGUAUAAUUACCGCGCUGGCCGUCUUUCCGCUCGUCGGUCCGAACAAGGACGGGCGUAUGACGACACUCCUCGCACCUGCUACUGGGCGGCCCAUAACGAGGUAAAACCACCGUACAUCGAUCCAGCCGACUGCGACCACGCGUUAUUUGCCCCCACAUCCUGCUUCGAGCGGCAAGAGGCUGACUUUCUCCCUUUCACUGAGGCUGACUUUGUCCCGCUCGUCUCAACCGGAGGUGCGACGGGAGAAGGAGGUGGACCACCUGGCUGCACGACCGCGUCGGAGUUGUUGCACCAUAAUCGUCGACUCCCGGAAGACCAAGAUGUCGACUGUCACGGGAGAAAUUAUGAUUCCGGCGCAGGAGCAGCGCCGGAGUUUUCUUCGAGCUGCAGCGCCACCAGAAAGGCCAGGAGAAACGAAUUUCAAACUACCAGAGCCCAGCGGGGAGCGAGAUUUUUACAAAAUUACUACGGAGAGGGCGGCUCGGCGCCACAGCACAAGUCACGAAAUGCUCGGCAAGUUUGGCAGCAAGACGUAGAUGAACAACCACUGCCACGGCACGACACUACGCGAAACCAGGACCUUCCAUCGCCGCGGUGCGCAGGAGCACCGCCCGGGCUCUUCUCGAGGGGUUUCUACGCAGCCGGUACUUGUUCCAGCAACAGAGAUUUUAUCCAUACACACCAAGACGACCGGCAGGAAUCGGCGCACUUAAGAACGCCGUCGAUGCAACAAAACGGCGACGUGAUUUGGAAUGAUCAGGAACCACCUUCAACUCCGUUGUCUUUUCGCCGGCGAGAAACAAUCACUGCUGAUCCAGUAAACAAGAGCGUGGCAUCAGCGCAGACGGAGCCGGCAGACGGUUCUCUUCCCGUCCGCCGCUCGGGGCUGACACAACCAGGAGAUGGGCUUCCAGCGCAGAGUUCUUGUGGUCCGGAAGGAGAGGUACAACAACAUGAAGAUCAGCAGCGUCAGCACAAAUGCUGCUCUCAUGUUCCGGAAAGAACGACGGCCGCGUCUGUUCCCUACGUUCCCAGCGCCGCAGCGUUUUCUUCUCAGCCGGUCGUGUCGUCGGCAUUUUUGCCCGGCCGGCGAGAAAGCUUUGGGAGCUACUACGUCCCAGCAACGGAGGCUGGACCUGAAAGUAAAACGGGGGAGGAGCGAAACCAAGACCCAGGUGGGUCGACGUCGUCUGCGGCACAUACUUUAUCGCGUGGUUUUAUGUGCGAUAGAAGAGACGACUCUAAUGCCGUGCCGUCAUCAAAUGAUCAUAUGACCGUUGUGGACAUCAACCACCCUAGAUGGAAUUCGAUGACGCCGGAAGAGCAGACCGAUCUGCUCCGGUGGGCGCUCGAAACGGGGAGACGGCUGCGGUUUUGACCAUCAAAGGAUGUGUCGCGUAAAUUUUUUUGUAUGGCGUUUUAAUAAAAUAGGUGUUGCUUUUUACAUGAGACUACCCAAAGAUAUAACUGGUGAAUCCAUUGAAAGGAUUUUUUUUCGCUCGGUGCGUGCACUUGAGGUCUCUCUUGUGCAGUAUUUCUAUUUGCGAAGAUGUUGCGCAUUAUUUUUCGCUUAGAAUAGGCUUUUGUGAAGCUGAGACGUCGAAAGUCAUGACAUUUCUGCUAAAAACGAUAUUUCUGGUGGCACGGCGGUGAUGAUUGAUCACUCCUGGCCGCGCUUGCAUUUCACACAUGUUUGUUUGAGAUGUUUUUGCUCUUCAUGUCGAAGAAGAUUGUAGUCCGACGCUCUUUCGGGCGGUGCAUUUAUUGACACUGGCAACUACUGAAACUAUUUGCUGGGAAUAAAGAU